UAGUGGCAUGUACAGUGGGAGAAGGUCCUGCGUUACGAGACCGUGUUUUGACAGAGGCCCGUUCACAUGGCUUAUGUCACAUGCCUCUUCGUUAACGCUGUCGGCGGCUCUAGCUGAUUCUUUCCGACGAGAAAAUGAGCAGACAAACCCCGUCUAAGUCAGGCUCUCCGCCUGUACAGAACCCGAAGCCACGGGACAAUAUCACUGCCAUGGGGGCAGCUACCGAACUUAUCAUGAGAGAUGUUGGAGAGAUUCAUUCCAGGCUUCUGGAUCAUCGACCGGUCAUUCAGGGCGAGACACGGUACUUCGUUAAGGAGUUUGAGGAGAAACGUGGACACAGAGAAAUGAGAGUUCUCGGAAAUUUGAAAAACAGCAUAUGGGAAACCAAAGAACAGACUCUUCCAAAAUGUGUUGACCUAAUGCAAGACCAGCUGGGAUCUGCUCUCAAGAAAUUGGAAAAUGCCAAUGUUGCCAUCCUCAGGCUCCAGGAAAAUGGGCAGGAAAAAGCAAAGAAUGACCUGAGGAAGGGGAAUAAUGAGAAACUACGUGCCCACUGGGAAAUAUUCAUGGAGGAACAACAUCAGAAGCGACUGGCUGUUGAUGAAGAACACAGGAAAGCAAUGAUGCGUCUAAAGGAACAGUAUGCAGAGAUGGGCAAAGAUCUCUCUAAAAUAGCUUCUUUAUAAGGAAGUACCUAUGUACACAGUUGGCCAUGUUUUCUGGUUUCACUUGUAUGACCUGAUGUUGAAAAUGGCCCUUCGAAGAAGAAGAGGCUUGUUUCCUUUACCUCAUUUUUAAGUGCCUGACAUCGCAGAAGAGGUGGAUUAAGAAAACAUGCACUGGAUUAACUCGAGUACAAAAUGAUGGUUCCCUUUCUAUUCUUGCUUUUGUUUAGUCAAACUGUUAGUUACUUAAAGAUAAAUGAUUCGCCGAGAAGCAGAUUAGCUAUAAUCACAUUUAUAACACUUGAAGGGUUUCUCGCUGCAGUCUUAUGGUAAUACAGCUAGCUAAAGUGAUAAAAAGGUUAGAAAUAAUAAACCCUUAUUACUUGUUUUCAUGUAAGCCAGGUUUAAAUAGUGGCUUCUGGGAACCAACAUGGCUACUCGUUGCAUUAGGUCAGUAACGUUACCAAAAUAUAUCAGAAGACUGCAACUGCAUUCAUCAAUUUUGCAUUCUAAUGCUCUUCCACAGAAUGAUAAUGUGUUUAAAUUAAGUUAAACUUUUAUGAACCGUUUCUUUAACACUUGCUUUUUUGUUAGUUACCUGCAAAUGCUGCUUGGUCUUUUUAAUGAGCACAUUUCUAUUGAUCUCAAGCAAUACAAUAGAUUUCACUUUCACUUUUUAGUGUCGUAGAGCAAUAAAACUACACGGUGUAAUAAUUAGGAAAUGUGAAAAAUGCCAUCAUUAUAGGGUUUUGAGUCUUUUGCAUAUCGCGCACAAUUAUUUUGCCCGGGCUGGUGCCACAUCUCAUAGUCAACGGUCACCUGUCACUUGAGCUAAAAGGUCGUGUUUUGGUUAGGGAAAUGAAAGCUAAAGUAUUUUCUCCAUCACAUUGAUUAUACAGUCUGCUAAUACUACAUUUAAUGCUAGUGAAAGAAGAAAA